AUGUUGGACUGUAUCGGCACCCCCUCCUAUGCGGUAACGCAUCCGCGCGCGUUCCGCCUCUCACUAAUCGCCCGCACCCCUUGUCCCCUCCCCGCAGGCGCCAACGCUCUCGUGGACUGUUUCGGCACCCCCGCCUCUCCCGCCGCGCCUCAUCCGCGUGACGCCGACGUACGCGCGGGCGAGCGUCUGACGCGUCUCACUAACCGCCUGAGCCCCGUCGCUUGCUCCCUGUCUUUCCCGCAGGCGCCAACGAUCUCGUGGACUGUUUCGGCACCCGCCCCUCUUCCGCCGCGCCUCAUCCUGGUGACGCCGACGUACACGCGCGCGUUCCAGGCGGCGUACCUCACGGAGCUCACUCACACGCUGCGCCUCGUGCCGCCGCCGCACACGUGGAUCGUCGUGGAGAGCGGCAAUAAGACGGACGAGACGGCCAUGCUGCUGGAGCGCACUGCAGGAUACUGCGCAGCGGUGGAGGGAGGCGGGUGCCGGAAGCUGGAAUAUGUUCACAUAGCCACAGAAAAUGACGAGGACCAGAGGUGGUUCCGAGGCGUGGGGCAGCGGAACCUCGCCCUAGAGUACAUCGAGAGGGAGAAUCUCGAGGGGAUUGUAUACUUUAUGGAUGACGACAACUCGUACGCGCUGCAGCUGUUUGACGAGCUGAGGAAGAUUCGGCGCAUCGGGCUGCUGCCGGUGGGGUUCCUGUUCGGGAAAGAGAGCCCCAUGCGCUCGUACGUUGGCCGCCCCAUUGUGCGCGUGCCAGUGGAGAGAGCCAGAGAGGUCAAGAGGGAGCGGGUUGAGAGGGAGAGGGGUGAGAGGGAGAGGGGUGAGAGGGAGAGGGGUGAGAGGGAGAGGGGUGAGAGGGAGAGGGGUGCGAGGGAGAGGGGUGAGAGGGAGAGGGGUGAGAGGGAGAGGGGUGAGAGGGAGAGGGGUGAGAGGGAGAGGGGUGAGAGGGAGAGGGGUGCUGCUGUGGAAAGCAGUGGUGGCGACAACGCCGGUGGCAAGGAGAGCCCCAUGCACUCGUAUGCUGGCCGCCCCAUUGUGCGGGUGCUGGUGGAGGGGGAUGAGACGGAGAGUAACUCUUCUGUGGAGGCCAGCAGCGGCAGUGGCAGUGGCAGUGGCAGUGGCAGUGGCAGUGGCAGUGGCAGUGGCAGUGGCAGUGGCAGUGGCAGUGGCAGUGGGUAUGCGGGCGAGGAGAAGGAGCAGGUGGCACGGGCGCGGGUGGUGGGGUGGGAGGCGUAUGGCCGCCGCGUCCCCCUGCAGAGAGACCCCGAGGCACGGCGCUACAUCAUGGACAUGGCUGGGUUUGCCUUCAGCACGGAGGCUCUCCGCAACGGCACAGUCCAAGGCAAGAAGCAGCCCAUUCGCUUCCGGCCUUCAAAACGCGGGUUCCUGGAGACUGACUUCCUGGAGCAGCUGGUGACACACGAAGACGAGUUUGAGGUGCUGGCAGAUGGGUGCAGAGCGGUGUGGGUGUGGCACAAGCACAUGGAGGACCUCUCUUGGGCCACGUACCCUGUGGAUUGGCAGCCCGAGCAGAGCAACCACCGCAUUCCCACGUAUGACUGGGUGAAGAAUGAUUCGAGUCAUGAGGCUCGAGCUGGGUUGAUCGGGAGGAUUGCUCGCGUGACGAAAAUACGUUACCGCCGAGUUUUGAGGAGAUGA